AUCAUUUUGUUUUUAGCUGAGUUUGAAGACCACCAAGAUAUAGAGCCAAACUCCAUCUCUGAGGAUGGGGGAUGUUCCGGUUCUUCUCCAACCUUGGGCGAUGGCUGUUCACUAAGCGAUGACUGCAGCACGAUCACCUGCAAAAUGGAUUUCGUCAAGAAGCCAAUCACAUUCAAACUCAAGGUAUGCUAAGAAUUUAACGCCAUAACGGACUAGGUAGUUUUAGAUUGCGAACGUUAACUGAAACGCUUACGACAAGCAAUGAAUUCAAUUACAAUGAGACAAUGUUGUUAUAAGCUAUAACUUUAGUCAAAUGAAAGCUAAUGAGCAGUACUUUCCAUGGUACUGUUUACUAUGCUUUAUUAUAUAGACAUCAGUGUUUUAAUGGAAAAUAUACCACUCGUAAAAUUCAUAAAAACUACAUCCGGGACCCGUGUGGUUUAUUUUCCAUAAUGUCAGUCAUUUCCCUCUAUUAUUUUAUCGAUGUCUUUUUGUCUAUAUAAUAAAAAGAACAUUACACGGUGGCGCGAAGAUAUGAAUUUUAUUUUCUCGUGGCAAAACAAUAUUUUACUCACUCGCUGCGCUCGUUUGUAAAAUAUUGUUUUGCCACUCGAAAAUAUAAUUCAUAUCUUCGCGCCACCGUGUAAUAUCCUCUAUGUAAAAGGUGGUUCUAACUUUUGAGUCUGUGGAUGAAAUGCUAAAGUGUUGUCAUUCAGAUGAAAGCUACUGAGCAGAACUUUCCUGUGGCCGUUUAUUACACUGUACAAUGUGCUUCUGACUUUUGAGUUACUGUGGAUGAAAUUUUGAAGUGUGACCAUUUCUCGCGAAGCAGCGACAUGUGAAUAGCUAUCGUGUAUAAAUAGGCUCUAUUGAUGAAAAUAUAUAUUCUCUUACUCGCUAGAUCAACAAAUGUGAUGACCCUGUUACUGUAACGGCUUCCAUGAAUGUCCCGGAUCUGGAUAUCACGUGGUCUCAUACCUACAGUGGUGAUGACAAAAUUCCAGUGCCCGGAUUUAGUGUUCCUGUUGGUGGUGUGUACGUUCAAGUAGACCUCACCAAUAACGGAGAUACACUGCAUUUAAAGGUGUGUUCUAAAGGCUUUCAUUUAUAAUCACCUGGAAGGAACGGGGGUUGGGGGGAGGGGGUGGGGAGAGGGUGGUCGUCAAUAUCCGUUUCAAUUUCCAAUCCAUACUUUCCAGUCCCGCCAUUCACACAAGCCAUUUCCCACAGGGCUUUUCCCAGCACAAUAAAUGAAAGCUCCCUUACGUCACGAUAAAUAAACAAUCAGCCAAUUGGCGGAGGUCUAUGUGACUGGUGAGGGUAAAAGGAGGAAUGAGUUUGGGGAAUGACAUGUGGCAUGCCUUGCGGAGUGACAUACAGUUGUAAUCAUGCGGAAUGUAAUAUAUGCUGAAUGACUAAAAGAAAUAAAUUAAACUGAAAAGUGUACCCUUUUUGGCGCCAAUCAAUUUGCUAAAUUAGCGACUUUUUUUUUUUAUUUUUGCGGGCUCGACUACGAUGACAAUCAAAAAGCCACGAAGGAUUCCUUGAUUUCUCACUCUCGAUUAGCCUUUUUCGCACAGCCACAAAGAUGAGAUUUAUUCAGGCGGGCUGCAUGGCAUUACCGAUACUACAGCACUGAAGUCGGCCAUUGAAGAAAAGAUGUUUUGGAAGGUCACGCUCCUUCUGCUUUAAUUUUUCUGCAAAAGUUGUUUGCACGAUUAACUCCACAGGUUUUUACCUUCACUUGUAGAGCAGAACCCCUAUAUCUCGAACUCGGAUAACUCGCACUCCCCGCUUACUCGAACUAAGUCCAAUUUCCCCUGGAUUUCAUCCCACUUUUCAUUCAUUUUUUACUCGACCGUUAACUCGAACUCGGAUAUUCGUUACCCCACUGACUCAAACUAAAUUUGCUUUCCUACGACCGAGUCUACCAUUUCCUAGCAGCCUCGUAAAGCCUACCACUACUAGAAGUGAUUUCCUCCAUAAUCCUCGUGAACUCCAACGCGCUGCUCUAGCAUCUUGGUUUGAGCCAGAAAUAAUAAACGGACCGGCAGAGCGGUUGCUCCUUCAAAUUUGUGCCAAAAUAAGGCGCGGCAGAGACGCACGUAUGCUUUUCUGCUUAAUUUAUUCCUGUGUUCCAUUUCCAUAUAUUGCAUUCCGCAUAAUUAUUUCAUUCCGCAAGCCAUGCCACAUGCCAUUCCGCAAACUCAUUCCUCCUUUUACCCUCACCGUGAUGCGAGAGCAGGUCACGUAAUGAAAGGUUUUCUGUUGUAUGGUUCCAGGCUUGUUCUGGCCUGCGAAAACAUCCGUUUCUCCUCGCUCUUCUUUCCGCGCGAAACUUCCCCAGCGGCGAAGAGCGAGGAGAAAAGGAUAUUUUCGCAGGCUAGGCUUGUUCUAACUUGGUACAUCAACUAGCUUAAGACAUAAAAAUCAACAUCAAAACCCACAUACAGAAACGAAUCCUCGAAAAUGAAAACGAAACAACUGGUUACUGUGUAAAUGGUUUUCUACAUUUUUAUAAAAAAAAAUGCGCUGGGCAACCAGGAAGACUAAAUGUUUUUUACUUCUUCAUGCUGAUCAUAUUUUUGAUAUGAAAAGGUCUUUCUAGUUGCAGCUUUCAAACUACUUUUGUAAGAUUUGAAUGAACCAACACUCAAUUGAAUGGAAUCAGUUGAAGGUGACUGUUUUAUCUUUUACCAGGUGAAUCUGCUGGUCGGAGCACUGGGUGUUUAUCUCCCCCCAGUCACUGUUGUGGAUGGAGACUUGCCGAUCUCAACUGACGACUGUGGCAAGUAAAACUGAUCUUGAUCAACAUGGCGUACUAUAUCUAAUUAAAAGCAGUUCUUGUCACGAGUAAUAAUCUGUACGAUAAAGCAGUGUUCGACACUAAAUAUAAGCACUUUACUUAGAGCGGGACACCCGCGGGACACCCGCGGGACCAAAUUAAGACCUUAAUACGAGAGGGACAUCCGCGGGAUUAUAUUAGGUGCCUGCCAUACGUGUAUACAUCGAACUGAAUCAGUGUUAGCCUGCGUAGCAGGUGCUUGGAAGUAGUGGGCACAAGAAAGAACGGGCCGCGCGAGGUAGACACUCGUGUCUUACUCUGGCACGCUCGUUCUUUCUUGCGCCCAAAUACUUCCAAGUGCCUGCUACUCUGGCUAAAUCAGCUUGUCCACCUCGUAACCAUAGUAGCACAGACAAAGGAGUAAAAUAAAGAGGAACUCCGAUAUAAACAAGUGCCAGGUGUACAGAAAAACACAACGGGGCUGGUUCUUUACUGGGGAGUUUCGUUUCAUUCAUUUUCGAUCACUGCAGAUAUCGGAGUUACAUAGGGCUGGUUCGAUUUACUGGGGAAUAACUGUUUAUUUCCAUAGUGCAAUACGUGUAAGAAAGGUGUCAGCUUGAAAAGAAAUGACCAAAAUUUGUUGUUUUUAGGAUUCUUCGGAUGGUUUAUUGACCUAAGUGUUCCUGCUAAAAUAGCAGUGAUCGCUGGAACGGUUGUUUUUCUCAUCGCCGUCUGCUGUGGCUGCUGUUGCUACUGCUGCUGUAGGAGGCGCCGCUCCGCCAAUCAAGGUCCUAUCAUCAUCGCGCCUGGUGUUGGUACUUCCGCUGUCAUGACAACGAAUGCCAACACUCGGGUUCCCAUGCGACCAUUGGUCGAGGAGGAAUGA